UUUCGAAUGUGACAUUUAAAAGUGACGUUUUGAAACAAGUGACAAGCGAUGUGUGUAGAGUGCCUAGUGUGACUUAGUUUAGUGAGUUGCGAUGGACGCGGAGAUCGAUAUCCCGAAGUUUGUGAACUGCACGCGGCAACUGCUCAGUCAUGAGAAGACGGAUAACCUCAACUUCACGCAACUCCUGGACCUGCUGCCGAGCAAGAUCCUCGACGAUAUAUCACUCAAAGUGACGCUGGGCAACUGCAUGGGUCUCGGGGAGCGGCCGUACCGCCCGCCCUGGUGGGGGCAGCUGGCCUGGUUCGUCGUAUUCAUGGCCAUGCUACUGGUGGCCGUGCUCGGGAACACACUGGUCAUAUGGAUAGUUCUUGCCCACCGCCGCAUGCGCACCGUCACCAACUGCUUCCUAGUCAACCUGGCAGUCGCUGACCUGCUAAUGGCCACUUUGAACGGCGCUCCGAACUUCGUGUUCUUGGUGACCGCUGAUUGGCCGUUCGGAGCAGCCACGUGUACUGCGAGCAACUUCACGGCUAAUCUGACCGUGUCUGCGGGCGUGUUCACGCUGGUCGCCAUUACUGUUGACAGAUACGUGGCGAUAGUGAAGCCGCUGCAGCACCGGCUGUCGCGGCGCGUGGCGCGCUCGGCGCUGCUCUCCGUGUGGGCCGCCAGCGCGCUGCUGGCGCUGCCCAGCCUGCUCUACUCCGACACUUACCGGAAGAAGUAUAUCAACGGAGAACGUGAGAUCUGCUUCAUAAAAUGGCCGGACGGCAGCUACCCAACAUCAAGAACCGACUACAUCUACAACCUGGUGUUCCUGGGCGUCACGUACGUGGUCCCCACGGCCGUGAUGGUGUGGGCGUAUGCUCAGAUGAGCGCGGCGCUGCGGGGGCGCGCCAUCGGGGAGUGCACGCACCAUCAGAUGCAGGUGGUGCGGGCUAAGCGGAAGGUGGUCCGUAUGUUCGUCCUGGUCGUGGUGGUGUUCGCUCUGUGCUGGCUGCCCUACCACGCCUACUUCGUGCUGGUCUACCACCACCAGGCCCUGGCUUCAGCGCCGUUCGCGCAGCACAUCUAUCUGGCGUUCUACUGGCUCGCCAUGGCCAACUCCAUGUUCAACCCGCUGAUCUACUAUUGGAUGAAUAAUAAGUUCCGAAUUUACUUCCAAAUGGUGUUGUGUAGGUGCAAGAGCACUUCAACUGAAAUCCCCAACGAUUUCAAGAAACAGUUGGAACUGAACAAAUCUCUCUCGGUGAGCCGGCACACGCGGGACGCGUCCAUCUUCAGCCGCGCCUGACACUCGCGGAGGCGGAGUCGGCCGUCUCGCUCUGACCACCACCUUGGUAACUCCAAUGGUACAGAAGUACUGACCAAUGGCAACCCAGUGAAGAUGCACCCCCGCGGGUACAGCGAAGAGGGACACAUCCAUAUAUGUGAUGCUAAAUUGUAACAGUUAACUAAUGUAACUUUUUCUACCAGACAGUAGGUAAGUAUGUACGGUCAGCUGCAUAAGUAGCUGUACACUUUUGCACCUUGUCAAUCUG